AGUAUAACUCCUAACGUUCUUAUCUUGCUUCAGGAUGACUGAGAUCUAAGCUACUGUGACAACAUUUUGCAUGGAGUCUGGAAUGCUGGGCUCUGUCUGUGAUGUCAUCUGCUCUCUCAUCCAACAGCUAGCAAAUGGAAAUGUCUACCGUGUAUGAAGAUGCCUACUUCAAGCAUAAAGAAACAAUAAUUUACAAUUCUUCCUGAACUUUUUUGUACUUCUUUUCUCACACUAGAGUAGAUCAAUGACAAGCAAAAAGCGAGAAGUUCAGUUACAGGUAGUCAUCAAUAGCCAGAGCCUGUGGGAUGAGAUGCUACAGAACAAAGGUCUGACAGUGAUCGAUGUUUACCAAGCCUGGUGUGGACCUUGCAAAGCAAUGCAAACUUUGUUCCGAAAACUGAAAAAUGAGCUGAAUGAAGAGGAUAUUCUGCACUUUGUUGUUGCAGAAGCUGACAGCAUUGCGACUUUGCAGCCAUUUAGAGAUAAAUGUGAACCUGUUUUUCUCUUCAGUCUUAACGGAAAAAUUAUUGCAAAAAUUCAAGGUGCAAAUGCACCACUUGUUAGUAAAAAAAUAAUUAACUUGAUCAAUGAUGAGAGAAAAAUUGCAGCAGGUGAAAUGCCUCGCCCUCAGUAUCAUGGAAUUGCACUAAUAGAUUCAGAAGAGGAUGGGCAAGCCCACGCUGGAACGGCUGAGAACCAAUACACAAUUGUUAUUAUCAAACCUGAUGCUAUGAUUAGAAAAGCUUUAGAAAUUAAGGACACAAUUGCUAACGCAGGAUUUGCCAUAGAAGCACAGGAAAAGAUGUUGCUCACAAGCCAACAAGUUAGAAACUUUUACAGACAGAUGGCAGAUCAGCCUGACUUUGAAGAGUUUGUCUCUUUCAUGACAAGUGGCGUAAGCUGGGUUUUAGUUUUGUCUCAAAGAAAUGAACCAGCAGUUUCCUGGGAAGAAAAUGAGUCACAGCUUGAGACUGAAUCUAAAGACUCAGCUGAAGAGCCACCGGAAGCUGACGAUAAAUCCAUACCUGGAGCAUCAAAGGGGAAGCGGAACAGUUUACAAGAACUUCUGGAAAAACAGAACAUGGCUCAGUUUUGUGAUGCUGAAAGGAAUGUAAACAAUGAUACUCAAUUAAUUGAAAUUUUCUUCCCUGAUUUUAAAAUAAUGAAAAGCAAGAAACUAGAAAAGGUGCUGGCAUUACUUCUACCAAAUCUCUUUGAAGAAAGAAAAGAUGAUGUUUUGAAUAUUAUUGAAGAUGAAGGCUUUAAAAUACUUAUGCAAAGGUCAAUAGUAUUAUCAGAAGAAGAAGCACAAACACUGUGCAAGGGAUAUGAAAAUGAAGAAUAUUUUGAGCAACUUACAGAAUAUAUGACCAGCGGUCCAUCUCUAGCCCUAGUUUUAUUGAGAGAAAAUGGUGUGCAAUACUGGCAACAGUUACUGGGUCCAAAAACAGUUGAAAAAGCUAAUGAAUAUUUUCCAGACAGUUUCUGUGCACAGUUUGCGAUGGGAAGUUUGCCUUUCAGCCAGUUGUAUGGAAGUAACUCACCAGAAACAGCUGAAAGAGAGAUACAGUAUUUCUUUCCUGAGCAAAAUGCUUUGGCACUGAUUAAACCUCAUGUAACACAGGAACAAAGAGAGGAGAUCCUGAAAAUCAUUAAGGAGAAUGGAUUUGUUCUGACCUACCUGAAGGAAAUGCUCCUCACACCAGAGCAUGUAGAGAAAAUCUACUUCUCAAUAACAGGGAAACACUUUUACAAAGAUGUGUUGACAUCAUUAACUGAGGGUUCAUCUUUGCUCCUGAUUCUGACCAAGUGGAAUGCUAUUGCAGACUGGAGACGAUUGAUGGGUCCUGUAGACCCUGAGGAAGCAACACUAUUGUCUCCAAACUCCCUCCGAGCCCGGUUUGGAAUAAACAAGCUGCUAAAUGCGGUCCACGGGGCAUCCAAUGUUUCUGAGGCUACAGAGGCCAUCCGUAACCUGUUUGGAGACUUCAUGCCCUAGAAUCCAGGGAAAACUCAAGUAUGUAUUAUGCUUGCUCUUUGACUGG